AUGCCUCGAGAGGAGUUCACGAGAGACAAGCAUGCUCAAAUGGUGAUAGAUGCGUUGAAUGACUUGGAUUCAGUUUGUCAGCACCCUCCAGUAGAUCAGGAAUAUAUUAAUCAAAGUGAUAUCAAUGAUUUAGAAGGGAUAACAUCGGAGUCGCUGAGUGAGAUACCAAUGUUUGAAGAUUUGACGCAUGCUGGUAUUGGAUCAACUAGGGCACCUCUUGCCGGCCCACAGGUUAAACUAAAGCUGAACGAAAGAUAUGACAUUGUCACAAAGGAUGAGAAUAGAAAAGUGUCUGGAUCAGCUUAUAAAAUUGAACGGCAAAGAGCUUAUCAUCAUGGGACAAUGCUGUUGCAUUCUAGACUGGAUAUACUAGGAGCUCUGUUACACAGAGAUAUUUCUAGGCUCGGUGUUAUUGAAGGAAGGGGUGUUGCCAGUGUUAAAUCUCCAGUUACAAAUAUUGGGUGCCAUGAAGAAGUGUUUAUGUCUGCCGUUGUUAAAGCAUUCCAAGUAUCAUACUACUCUGACGCUAAUGACGAACAUGGCUGGUCCUCAACCGAACCAGUAGCAGUAAUAGACGAGAAGACUGCACUUCCUCAGUCAAUUAUUGAUGAUGCUGAAAUCAUGAAGACAUGGGAAUGGCAAUUUGGUCAAACCCCAGAAUUUACGCAUCGCAUUUCUCAUCCAGAAACGGACAUCUCAACCGAGUUCAUCGUGAACAGAGGUCGUAUAACUAAAUCAAAAGGUGUGAGUGCGAGAGUAGAAGGAUUAAGAUACUGCAGCGAGGACUUGUAUCCACAUUUUUCAGAGCAAAGCUGGAUUUUAGGGGCUAUUGACGGGUUUUCCGGUAAUAUUCCGCCAGGUAUGACAAUAAGUUAA